UUGCAAAAGGCUCUUAAUAUAAGCAAAUUAAAAGCUUCUAUCACAUGGAAACAUUUACGUAAAUCAAUCCCUGAUGAGAUAUUUUUGCCUGAUUUUAAAGAUGAAAAUGAAACAAUAAAUAAUAAUCAACCAAAUAUUCAACCAAAUGAAGAAUCAAGUAAUAAAGUUUCAGGACCUAAUGAAUUUGCAGAACCUGCAGAAUCUGAUAAAUUUGCAGAAUCUGAUAAAUUUGCAGAAUCUGAUGAAUCUGCAAAAUAUAAUGAAUCUGCAAAUCUUGCCUUGAAUAAAAACUAUAAUGACAAGAUGGAAUUAAUCUCUUUGGAAGA